CCAACUGGACGACGAACCUCAGAAAUCUCAGCAGCAAAUACUAUAAUCUGAUUCAGACUCUGGUCAUGAGGUCGUUUCAUGUUUUUGUUAUUUUCUCUAUAAAUUAGGGCUGGCUUUUCAACUGAAUUCGGUUUUUUCCCACUGAGAGAGUGUCGGACUUGCACAGUUGCCUCCUCUUUUGACUCUGCUACUCUUGACCCAAGCACUCCCAUUUCGCUUCUAGUCACUGCCGGCGCCGCCGUCAUUCUUCACUGUUGUUUUUUUCCCGGUGGAUGAUUUGCCGUCGGGGAGAUCUAAGCAGUAUCGAGAAUGUGGCUACCAUCAUUGACUUACUAAUAAAUUAGUAUUCAGAAGGUUGAAUUGCUCGCUAGUGGAAACUACAUUGUUAAUCGAAUAUGGAUCUUCUUCUGGGUCUUCUUCUUCUGGCCUUUGUCUUUCUCUUCACCGCCCAUUGCUCAGAAGAUAUUGCUACUUCUGUCCCUAGUGACGCAUUGUCCCUUCUCAGCUUCAAGGACUCCGUCUCUUCCGAAUCUUCUGCCCUUCUCGUUGGAUGGAGUAAGGAGUCUACUGAAAGUUACUGUCAAUGGCACGGCGUUACCUGCGAGGAUAGGCUCUCUGGCAGAGUUAUUGCUUUGAACUUGACCGGACUUCGCGGCGGCAAGCUCACUCCUUCCAUUGGAGAUAUGUCUGGGCUUCGAGUUUUGUCCCUUCCCCAAAAUACGUUCUCCGGUGAGAUCCCGGAGACUCUGGGGAAGCUUCGGCUUCUGGAGGUUCUUGAGCUUCAAGAAAACAAUUUUUCCGGAGGGAUCCCCAACCAGAUAAGCUAUCUUCCAUCUCUUCGCAUUCUUAACCUCUCUAAUAAUGCUUUGUCCGGUUCCAUGCCUGGUAAAUUGAUUGGCUUUGGAAAUGUUAGCGUCAUGGACUUGUCGAGCAAUCAGCUUUCUGGUCCAAUUGUAGAUAGCGUCAAUACUGUCUUUGAAUUUUUGAAUCAUUUGAAGCUGUCCGACAACUUCCUCACGGGCCAAAUUCCGUCCGAAAUUGGGAAAUUCAGAAAUCUGAGGACGCUUUUACUCGAUGGGAAUAUCUUAGAAGGCGCUAUCCCUUCUGAGAUUGGGUAUAUGACGGAACUCAGACUUCUAGAUGUCUCUAGAAAUAGUCUUACUGGAAGAAUUCCAAAAGAAAUAGCCAACUGCCGGAAACUGUCAGUGCUUGUGUUGACUGAUUUAGUCGAUGAUACUCCUUCUCCGGAUGAGAGCUCGGUGAAUAGCUUCAGAGGGGAAUUCAAUGCUUUUGUUGGAAAUAUUCCUCCGCAGGUAAUGUUGCUCUCAAGUUUAGAGAUUUUGUGGGCACCAAGAGCGAAUCUUGGCGGACGGUUGCCUAGGGGCUGGACAGAUUCAUGCUCGCUGAGAGUAGUCAACUUGGCAGAGAAUUAUAUUAUUGGGGGGAUACCAGAAACCUUAGGGAUGUGCAGAAAUUUAACUUUCCUUGACCUGAGCUCUAACAAUUUAGUGGGGUAUCUUCCUUUAAAGCAACUUCAAGUUCCAUGUAUGUUGUACUUCAAUGUUAGCUGGAAUAAUUUAUCUGGCACCCUUCCAGGAUUUGGGAACGAAAGCUGUGAUUUAAGCAGAAUCCUAGGUGAUGCACAAGUUGAUAUUCUUGUUUGGGAAUCUCUGAUGGAUGCUCUCCCUGGAUCAGGUUCAGAAGAUGCUGUCGUCAUUAACCAUGAUUUCAGUUGGAAUAACUUUACGGGAUCUUUACCUUUAUUCUUACUGGGAGAUACUACAAGGAGCAAGAUUUCCUACACGCUAUCACUCAGUAAUAACAAGUUCAGUGGAACUCUACCAUAUCAUCUGGUUUUGAACUGUAAUGAUUUCAAGAUGUUAAAGGUUAACUUGAGUGUGAACGAACUCUCUGGUGGAAAUUUCCAAAAGUUGCUUAUUGACUGUUUGCAGUUGACAGAGUUUGAGGCUGCGUACAACCAGAUUGGGGGUUCAAUUGAUCCGCAUAUUGGUGACCAUACAAUGCUCCAGCGCCUUGAUUUGAGGGGGAACAAACUUACUGGAUUUCUGCCUGAUCAAUUGGGAAACCUGAAAGACAUCAAAUGGUUGCUUUUAGGGGGGAACAAUUUAACUGGAGAUAUCCCUUCUCAACUUGGUCAAUUGGCUUCCCUUGUUGUUUUGGAUCUAUCUCACAAUGCUCUUACUGGCACAAUUCCUGUAAGCUUGACAAAUGCCACAACUCUUGAAUCUCUGUUGCUAGAUCACAACAAGCUCAAUGGGGAAAUACCUUCAUCCUUUUCCACUCUUUCCAGUCUUGUUGGUUUUGAUGUUUCUUUCAACAACCUUUCUGGUCAUAUUCCCCAUCUCCGUAACCAAAUUGAUUGUGACUCCUUCAAAGGGAAUGUACACCUGCAUUCAUGCCCUGAUCCAUAUUCUGCCUUACCUGCUUAUCUCCCAGUCCCUCUUGAAGUCCAAAAUUGGCAGAGACGAAAAAAGUUGAAGACAAUAAUAAUAGCUGUGGUCUCUUCAGUCUCUGUGGUCCUCUGUGUACUAGGAAUAGUUUUAGUGAUCACUUUUGGAAGGAACAAGUUUGGUCGGCUCAGCAGCCUUCGAAGCAGACUACUAGUGACCUUCCAAGAUGUUCCCAUUGAACUCAAUUACGAUAAUGUUGUCACAGCCACAGGAAAUUUCAGCCUCCAAAAUCUAAUUGGAACCGGUGGGUUUGGGUCUACUUACAAGGCUGAACUAUCCCCUCGUUUCCUCGUUGCCAUUAAGAGGUUGUCUAUAGGUAAAUUCCAAGGCAUUCAACAGUUCGAGACAGAGAUAAGAACCUUGGGGAGAAUCCGACACAAAAACCUUGUCACUCUUAUUGGCUACUAUGUAGGAGAGGCCGAAAUGUUCUUGAUAUACAACUACCUUUCAGGUGGGAACCUUGAAACUUUCAUACACAACAAUUCAGAUAAAAACAUGUUGUGGCCAAUUAUCUACAAGAUAGCAAUAGACGUGGCAGAGGCCAUAGCUUACCUUCACUACUCCUGUGUUCCUCGCAUUGUUCAUCGUGACAUCAAGCCCAGCAACAUCUUACUUGAUGAUGACUACAAUGCCUACCUUUCAGAUUUUGGAUUGGCUAGACUCAUGGAGGUAUCUGAGACCCACGCCACAACUGAUGUGGAAGGCACAUUUGGGUAUGUUGCACCUGAGUAUGCCACCACUUGCAGGGUUUCUGACAAAGCAGAUGUUUAUAGCUUUGGCGUUGUGUUAUUAGAGUUGAUGUCUGGAAGGAAGUCACUAGAUCCAUCGUUUUCUGAAUAUGGAAACGGGUUCAAUAUUGUGCCGUGGGCUAAGUUGCUAAUGACGGAAGGUCGUUCUUCUGAACUGUUUUCACCUGCUCUGUGGGAAGCAGGACCUGAGGAGAAACUGUUGGGGCUUUUGAAAGUUGCAUUAAUCUGCACGGUGGAGACGCUUUCCAUUCGGCCAUCGAUGAAACAGGUUCUUGAGAGAUUGAGACAACUUAAAAGUUGAAAAAUUUUCAGAAUCAUAGCCUACAGUAAUAUUCGUGUCUGCUUGACUAUACUGACCGUGACUCAUUCCUCUGAGAUACUGACUAGAGAGAAAGUGUGGUCUUCAAGUUCCUUUGCGUCUAGCUAGUUGCUGUGGAGCAACUUUUUCUUGUAUAUACAAGCAAGAUACAAGUAAUCUGAUCUCUCAAUUUUAAUCACAUGGAUUCUUUGCUUUCCACUUUAGCAAUUCCCAUUAGUUACAAAAUCACUUCAUUAAUUAUUUUAUUAUUUA